AUGAAGUGGACUCAAUUUCUAUUACUUGUGGCAUGGUGUUGGACGGCGAUGGCCGCAUACACAGACGAGGAAAUGCAGAAAUUGGUGUCUCUGAAGGGCCGGAACUCCGUGAUCGAAAUCCGGGACGAUAACUUCGAAAAGUUCUUGUAUGGAGACAGAGACUACCACUUGAUUUUGUACAUGGCCUCGGACUCACCCCAGCUUAACUGUCUUUUGUGUCGUGAAGUUCACCCUCUGUAUAAGACGGUCGCCACUUCAUGGACACAUUUCCACCCACAUGGGUUCAGCGAGGAGGAGAAGCUGGAGGAGGGAAGAACCAAUAUCUAUUUCUUGGAGUCUGACUUUGUCAACAACAAGAAGCUUUUUCAGCUCAUGCAAUUGGACUCAAUUCCUAAGAUCUAUCACUUUCCCCCAUCAGCUCCAGGUGCAAAGCUGAACAGCUUCCUUCACAACAACUCCCAGUACCAAUUCUACCAGGGUGACCACACCACGUUGAUUGCCCAAUGGGUUCGUGAGAUUGUCGGAGUGCCAGUGGAGAUCCAUAUUCCUUUGGACUGGAGUAAAGUGGCCAUGAACGCCGCGGUCACUUUUGCCUUGGUGAUGCUUAUAAGAAGGUACAGUAACUAUGCGCUUGCAGUUGUGAAGUCGUCGUACGUGUGGGGUACACUUUCGUCGGGUGCUAUUCUCAUGUUCCUUGCUGGCUACAUGUUCAACCAGAUUCGUCUGGCUCCGUUUGUCAGGGAAAACAACGGCGGCAUCGAGUACCUUGCUGCAUCGCCCCAGAACCAGUACGGUUUGGAGACGCAGCUUGUCUCGUCCAUGUACGGAUUCUUGGGCUUGAUGUUCGUCUUGUUGGCCACUAAGGUGCCCAAAAUCAACAACUCCAAAGUUCAGCUUCUUGCCGUGGUGGUGGUAACAGGCUUGAUCUACGUAGCCUACAGCGUCUACGUGUCCCUCUUUAGUUUCAAGUCCAGAGGGUACCCAUACAAGCUUCUUGACAUUGGAGCUUGGUAA